UCCAUUUCAUUCCACGUUUGAUGUCAAUGAUGCUGCUUCUCUUGGUCUCUUUGUCCUGUCUGGCGGCCAUCAAUGCUCAGCCCACACCUUGCUGUAUUGCCAAUCAAUGGUCAGCCACUAUGUUCGACGUUAGCCAGCCCUCCCAAGGAAAUAGUAUAACGGCUGAGUUCUACUAUGACUUCAACAACGAAGCUACUGCCACCCAGUACUAUAAGUACGGAUCACCUCAACGUGUGAAGUCAAACAGAGUUGUCAUAUCGUCCUCCAAGAGAGAACGCUACAACAUCGCCGCUGACGGCACAUGCACCAAGGUUGCCCACCCUAACCAGUUACUGCCAAACUGCAUCAUAGGCGAGAGAACAUACCUUGGCUCCAGCUAUGUCGGCACCGAGGCAAGCGGGCUGAAAACUGACACCUGGUUCUUUUCUAUCGACACCCUCAACUACACCGUGAGCUAUACAAAUCCCGACUGCAUCCUAACAUUCCAGGGAGUCGUCGAUACAACACAAUCCCUAGAUACAGUGGUAUACUUCAACGGAUAUAAAGCAGGCAUCACGGAUCCAGCUGCUUUUGCCGUCCCCCUCUCCUGCCUAUAGCAAUGCAUCUGCAGUGGUCAUAGUUUAUAUGUUAUCCCUGUUGUUGUGUUUCAUUUGUUUAAUAUUUACAAAUGGUUUUUUAUCAAUACAUAUCUUUCAAAGUAUUGUACUUGUAUGUUCUCAAUUGGUCGUGUAAUAUUAUCAGACAGGUGAAAAGUUUACCUGUCAAUAACACACAAUAUGAAGCUUGAUGUUCUCCACAACAGUAGCAGGUGAACAGUGUGUUUGAUGAGGAUCUCCACAACAGUAGCAGGUGAAAAGUACAUUUACUGAGGUACUCUGCAACAGCAGUAGGCGGACAGUGAAUUGGCUGAGUUACUCUGCAACAGUAAGAGGUGAAAAGUGAAUUGACUGAGAUACUAUAUAACAGUAGCAGGUGAACAGUGUAUUAGCUGAGAUACUGUGCAACGGUAAUAGGUGAACAGUGAUUUGAUUGAGGUACUCCACAACAGUAGCAGGUGAACAGUGAAUUGACUGAGAUACUCUGCAACAGUAGCAGGUGAACAGUGUAUUGACUGAGGUACUCCACAACAGCAGCAAGUGAACAGUAUAUUGACUGAGGUUCUCCACAACAGUAGCAGGUAAACAAUGUAUUAACUGAGGUACGCUGCAACGGUAGCGGAUGAACAGUGUAUCUUGGUGCAAUCUCAGAAAGAUUACGACUUCCUUACGUCAUUUGAAAUAUUACAAAUAAACGCAUGUACGAUGUCUUCGUCUACAAUUUCAGGC